UUCUAUCUCCUCUUCAUUCCUCCCUUAACCAAUUAACUAGACUAGCAUCUAGCUAGCUAGACCUCAAUUAUUUGCUUAAUUAGGUCGAAUCCAAUGGCUGAUUCUGCAGGCUCAGCCUCUUCCGGCAGAAUGUGGUGCUCUGUCCCUGAACGGCUUCAGCUGCAUGGAGCCAUGCUGGCCCUGCAAUUUGGCUAUGCUGGCUUCCAUGUUGUCUCAAGAGCUGCCCUUAACAUGGGCAUUAGCAAACUUGUUUUCCCAGUCUACAGAAACAUCAUUGCUUUACUUCUUCUCCUUCCUUUUGCUUACUUCUUGGAAAAGAAAGAGAGGCCUGCAAUCACUUUAAACUUCCUCUUCCAGUUCUUUCUUCUGGCCCUUGUCGGGAUUACAGCAAACCAAGGUUUCUACUUGCUUGGGUUGGACAACACAUCCCCAACCUUUGCAUCGGCCAUACAGAACUCUGUCCCAGCCAUCACAUUUCUCAUGGCAGCUAUACUCAGGAUAGAGCAAGUGCGGUUAAACCGAAAAGAUGGGAUAGCCAAGGUGGCGGGAACGGUGUUCUGUGUUAUCGGGGCAAGUGUGAUCACACUCUACAAGGGUCCAACCAUAUACAGCCCGGUUCCACCUCUCAACAGCAUCAUCACCCCACAUCCACAGACACAGUUACUUGGCUCAGUCUCACUCUCACUAGGAGAUGCUAAUGGCAAAAAUUGGACCCUUGGAUGCCUCUACCUCAUCGGACACUGCUUGUCGUGGUCCGGUUGGCUUGUCCUGCAAGCGCCCAUCCUUAAGAAGUACCCGGCACGCCUCUCUGUCACUUCCUAUACAUGUUUCUUUGGACUCAUCCAAUUCCUUGUUAUUGCUUUGAUUGUUGAAAGAGAUGCUCAAGCUUGGAUCUUCCAUUCUGGUGGAGAAGUUUUCACUAUUUUGUAUGCGGGAGUGGUGGCAUCUGGAAUUGCCUUCGCUGUACAGAUAUGGUGCAUUGACAGAGGUGGCCCUGUGUUUGUGGCGGUGUAUCAACCUGUUCAGACUCUUGUUGUCGCUAUUAUGGCUUCCCUUGCUUUAGGCGAAGAGUUCUACUUGGGAGGGAUCAUUGGGGCAAUAUUGAUCGUUGUGGGACUAUACCUAGUCUUGUGGGGUAAAAACGCAGAGAGGAAGUUUGCUAUGGAACAUGCAGCGAUCAUGUCCACUCCGGAGCAUAGCAGCAUCAGAUCCGCAAGUCAUGCCAAAACAUCACUUACUCAGCCUCUUCUCCCUUCAUCAACGGAAAAUGUCUAAUCAUGAAAAUCAUAGCUAAUAACUUCAAUCUGGUUGAGCAAGCAUUUUCUUGGACAGUGAAAAGAAAGUAACAAGAGAAGAUCAGAAAAAAACGAUAUCAGUUAUACAUUACUACUACCCUAUGUCAGGAAGCUUGUGUGUGCAUGUAUGAAAGGGUUUUCAUCUUGUCCUGCUUUUGGUUUCUGGUUAAUUGAUUCAGAUGCUUUCUUACUAGGACAUUAGAUUAAGGUUUAUUUUAUGGGAAUGUUUAGAAUGAUCGAUACAUGUGAUCACUUCUGAAAUCCCAUUGUGCUUUAAUUAUAUGUUAAUUAAUGGUUUGAUUUACAAAAAGAGAUUAUUUAAGCUA